AUGCCGGGGCUUUGGGGACCCCUGCGGUCAUUUUGGAAGACGGGUUGGAGGAGGGAUGGCUGAUUAUAAAAAUGCACAACAGUCUGAAGAAUUAUUACCAUGUCGGAUUUGUGGAAGGACUUUUUUUCCACCUGCAUUAAAAAAACAUGCUCCCAUUUGCCAAAAAACUGCUGCUAAAAAAAGAAAAACAUUUGACUCUAGCAGACAGAGAGCAGAGGGAACUGAUAUUUCCACAGUAAAGCCUAUAAAACCACGGCCAGAACCUCCAAAGAAACCAUCAAACUGGCGACGAAAGCACCAGGAGCUCUUAGCAGCUAUAAGAGCAGCCAAAGGAGUAGAUCAGGUUCUUAAAGAAGGUGGAAAAUUGCCGCCGCCACCACCUCCUUCUUAUGAUCCUGAUUAUAUUCAGUGUCCAUACUGCCAGAGGCGAUUUAAUGAAAAUGCAGCUGAUCGACAUAUCAAUUUCUGCAAAGAACAGGCAGCACGUAUUUCUAAUAAAGGGAAAGUGGUUAGUGAAGUUAAAGGGAAGCUUCCUGCUCGAAUACAGUACAAGACACCAACAGCAAAGAAGAUACCUUCUGCAGGAAUAACACCACCAUCCUUAUCACGCUUACCACAACCAAGUUCCUCUGCAAAUAAAAUAUUGUCUCCAGGUGGACAAGUAGGAAACAAAAUCCAGAGUUCUCCAGCUCAUAAAAAUGUAGUGAAAGCAAGUCCACAAAUAGGUGGGGCCAUGAAACCACGGAUGGGAGCAUCUACUAAUAUGACACGAACCACUGGUCCGGGUAUGAUGGUAAACAAAAGAAAAGCAUUUGGCACUGAAACUUAUUCAACCAGAGCUGGAUUUGACAGUGGAGACUGUUCAUCUAUCAAUGGAGGAAGUUCCAAAAGCAAUGAGGGAAAUUCUCUUGCACAGUUACCAAAAUUCUGUUAUGAAUGUGGUACCAAAUAUCCAAUUGAAUCUGCAAAAUACUGCUGUGAAUGUGGCGUUCGAAGAAUGAUUUUGUGAAUACACCUAUAAUGUAAAAUGAGAAAUAGAUUUCUUGCUAAGGCUAUAUGAAAAUCUCUGCUACACUUUUCCACCGGGACUUGCUCUAAGACACCAUACUAAUGUUCUGGGCAAUUAUUUUUUGUUGUGAAAUAAUAUAUAUAUAUAAAUAUAUAAAUACAUUGUAUAUAAAUUAUUAGAUACCUAAAACUGCCAUUCAAGAUGGUAUACUUGAGAUGUUGUUGGAGAAUAUUUAAUGGAGCAAAACUUUAAAUCAAGCACUAAGGUUUUUUGUAAUAUACAUAUAUUAAUAUUCUUAGUCAUUUGUAGUUUUUUGCCCUGAAUAAUUUGGUCUAAGGAACGUGUUCCAGUAGAAAAUAUGUUAUACAUGGAAAUAUUGAUUGAUAUUUGGUUGAUAACCUAGAUGGUACUUUGUUGAUUGACAGUCAUAAAUUUUAUUAUUUGUAUACGUUUAAUGUAAAAUGAUAUUACUAGUUUCACAUGUACUAUUAUAAUUAAGUAGUUGGCAUUUUACCCUCUUAUUUGUUCCAAAAAGCUGUAACAAGUUUUUGUGCAGAUAUUUUUCUAUGUGGAAAACUUCCCAUGUGUUUCAUACAAAAAGAUUUGAGUUGCUACUAAAUUAAUUAAAUUAUCAGAUAUAAUUUAAUCAUGUUCUGAGGAUCAACUUCUUUUCCUAAAAAACAGGGCUGUGAUCAGUUUUAAAAGCUUGGCCAAUAUGACCCAAAUUAAUUUCCCUCUUGGUUGUCUAAUGUACCAACAAAAAAAAUCGUUGAAUAUUUUAUAAUAUGACACACUAGUUUCAGAAAAAUGAUAUCCCAAUCAUGAUUUUUCUUCUUCCUAUUACUUUGACUAAAGGGUGUCUUUACCAUUAUCAUUUCUUACACAAUCCUCUGGAACUAAAACAAAAAGAAUUAUAUUAAACUCAAACCACAGUAGGAUUAAGUUACAUUUUUUUAGUAAGCCUCCUUUCUACAGCAAUUUUUCUUACC